AUGGCAUCACCUACUAAUUAUGACAAGCGGCCUCACCAUCAUCCUUCAUCUCUCUGGUUUUCUUCAUUGAAUUUGGUUCUACUCCUCAUGGCACCUCUGGUUGUGUUUUUACUUCUCGUUUCUACGCUGAGUCCUCAACAUCCCUCGACUCUCUAUCCGCUGUCGUUUUCUUCUUAUCGUUCUUCGAUUGUGCAAGAGCCAACUUUUAAUAAUUCCAUCGUCAAUGGAUCCUUCACAGAUUCUUCUUCCCUGGAAGCAGAAACUGAUUUUUUUGCUCCCAAUGUGCCCUUUUCAGAUGCGAUUAUGGAGAAAGAAACGCCCCAACUUGAGGAAAUGUCAAAGAAUAAGGAAUCUGAAGGUAUUGUAAAGAGAAACAGCAAGUUGGAGAGGAUUGAAGCAAAUUUGGCAAGAGUUCGGUCUUCCAUAAAAGAGGCUGCUUUGGUUAGGAAUCUGUCAUCGAUCCAUCAAGACCCUGAUUAUGUGCCCCAAGGUCCAAUCUAUAGGAAUGCCAAUCCUUUUCAUAGGAGUUACUUGGAGAUGGAGAAGCUGUUCAAGAUUUACGUGUACAAGGAAGGGGAGCCGCCGAUGUUCCACAAUGGUCCAUGCAGGAGCAUAUAUUCCUCGGAAGGGAGGUUCAUUCAUGAACUGGAGAAGGGAAAUUUUUAUAGAACUCAAGACCCUGACGAGGCAUUGGUUUAUUUCCUUCCAUUUAGUGUUGUCAUGCUGGUUCAUUACCUCUAUAAUCCCGGAAACUUCAAAACCGAUGCCAUCGGACGGGUUGUUGUAGACUAUGUCGAUGUCAUUUCCGGUAAACAUCCUUACUGGAACCGGAGUCUCGGUGCAGAUCAUUUCAUGCUCUCAUGCCAUGAUUGGGGGCCACGAGCAUCAUCCUAUGUGCCACAUUUGUUCCAUAAAUCCAUUAGAGUUUUAUGUAAUGCAAACACUUCUGAAGGAUUUAAUCCAUCUAAAGAUGCCUCAUUCCCAGAAAUCAAUCUCUUAACAGGUGAAGUAGAAGGGCUAUUAGGAGGCCCUUCUCCGUCUCGUCGGUCCAUUCUCGCCUUUUUCGCCGGGCGUCUCCACGGCUACAUCCGGUACCUCUUACUCAACGAAUGGAAAGACAAACGAGACCCCGAUGUCCAAGUAUUCGAUCAACUCCCCAGGGGUGUUUCCUACACGUCGAAACUGAAGGACAGCCGGUUUUGCCUAUGUCCGAGCGGAUACGAAGUGGCGAGCCCGAGAAUCGUGGAGGCGAUCUAUGCCGAAUGUGUUCCGGUGUUGAUUUCGGACAACUAUGUGCCACCUUUCAGUGAUGUGUUGAACUGGAAAGCGUUCUCGAUUCAGGUUGCGGUGAAGGAUAUCCCCAACAUAAAGAAGAUAUUGAUGGGAAUUUCUCAAAGGCAGUAUUUGAGAAUGCAGAGGAGAGUGAAACAAGUGCAGAGGCAUUUUGUAGUGAAUGCAAGUCCAAAGAGAUAUGAUGUGUUUCAUAUGAUUAACCAUUCGAUUUGGCUUAGAAGAUUAAACAUUCAGGUUCGGGAUUUUGAUCAUUCUUGAUUUU